AUGGGUAACUUUUUCAGUUCGAUGUUUGACAGAUUAUGGGGGGUGAACAAGGAACUCCGUAUCUUAAUCCUGGGGUUGGACGGUGCUGGGAAAACCACAAUCCUGUAUAGGCUACAGAUAGGUGAGGUGGUCACGACGAAACCUACCAUUGGGUUCAAUGUGGAGACUCUGACGUAUAAGAAUUUGAAGUUGAAUGUUUGGGAUUUGGGGGGUCAGACGAGUAUUAGACCUUACUGGCGUUGCUAUUAUGCUGAUACCGCUGCUGUUAUAUUCGUGGUGGAUUCUACUGAUAAGGAUAGAAUGGGUACUGCUUCCAAGGAGCUGCAUUUGAUGUUACAAGAGGAGGAAUUACAGGACGCUGCGUUGUUGGUGUUUGCCAAUAAACAAGAUCAACCUGGUGCGUUAAGUGCCAGCGAAGUGUCUAAAGAAUUAAACCUUGUAGAAUUAAAGGAUAGAAGUUGGUCCAUCGUGGCAUCAAGUGCAAUUAAGGGGGAAGGGAUCUCAGAAGGUCUUGACUGGUUGAUAGACGUCAUAAAGGACGAGCAACUGUAA